CCUGGAUGACCUUCCCUGUCAUGGCCACCAUUUUGUUGGUGAUGGAGGUUACACCGUAUGUGCGUCCUGAGGGCGGAGAGCUUCGGCCGCGAUGGCGUUGCAGAGCAAACCGGCCGGCGACGUAGAGGAUGUAAGCAGGUCUGACCGUGACGAAUCUGCGGAUGAAACAUCUGGAGACGGAAACUAUCGUCAGAUAACCUGAUCACCAGUUAAACUGGAACAGCGGCGUCCACAUGCAUGGCUACAUCGACUGUCAUUGUCAUAUCUCUGCGGGGGAUUUUGACAAGGACAUAGAAGAAGUGAUUGAGAGUUCAAAAAAGGCUGGAUUGUUGGGACUGUUAGCCGUGGCUGAGCAUGCUGGAGAAUUUGACAAGGUUAUUGAGUUGUCACAGAGGUUUCCAGGUUUUAUUUUUCCCUGCUUAGGAGUCCACCCUGUCCAAGAAGUCUCCCCAGAGCAACAGAGAGGAGCUUCUCUCCAGGAUCUUGAUGCUGCUCUGCCCAUCAUAGAGAAAUACAAAGAUCAACUUGUCGCUAUAGGGGAGGUUGGUUUGGAUUUUACCCCUAGAUUCGUCAGCAAUGACACUGAUAAAGAGAAUCAAAGGCAGGUCCUGAUUCGUCAGGCACAGAUAGCCAAGGAGCUGGAUCUGCCUCUGAAUGUUCAUUCAAGGUCUGCAGGAAGACCCACCAUCCACCUCCUGAAGGAACAAGGUGUUGAAAAAGCCCUUCUACAUGCCUUUGAUGGGAAACCGUCUGUUGCCAUGGAGGGAGUGAAGGCUGGAUAUUUCUUUUCUAUCCCUCCAUCUAUAGUACGGAGUGAACAGAAGCAAAAACUUGUGAAACAGCUUCCAUUAGAGAGCAUCUGUCUGGAAACUGAUUCACCGGCUCUCGGUCCAGAAAAGCAGGUGAGAAAUGAGCCAAAGAACAUCAGCGUUUCUGCCGAGUACAUCAGUAAAAUCAAGGGAGUGUCGCUGGAGAAGGUGAUGGAGGUGACGACACAAAACGCUCUCCGACUUUUCCCGAAGCUGAAAUCUGCCAUCAGACCCUGACAAAGCCUUGUUUACAGAAUGAAAUGUCCAUAAUCUUCUGUUACAAAUGCAAUCUUUAAUUUAUCUUAAUGAAUAAUAGUGCAUUCGUGUGAGAUGGGAAGCAGUUUUUUCGACUUUGAUGCGUUUGUGCGCUUGUAAGAACAUGGAUUCUUUUAAAAAGGUUGUAUUUUAACACCUAGAGUGUUUAAACAACAUGUUGACAGCUGUUUUUUGUAUCCGUGUGAUGACAAAGAGUAAAGAAACUUAUCAGGGUUGCUGCUAAUGAAUAACCCCAGGUCACAUACAUGGACAGCAGCUGAUACCAUAUUACAGAUUACAUGCAAUACUUGGCAUCAGUAAUCAAAACUUUUAGCAACCGACAAAAAUAUUCACUUAUUUUCCUGCCAUGUUUCUGUGUCUGUGAGGCUGUUUUUCUGACCUGAGAGGGUGUAACAUGGAAUUUUCUCAACCUGGAACUAAUUUUUUCCACUAAUCUGGCACCACAUGAAUGCACUAUGCGCUAAUCUGAUUGAACCCAGGUGCCCUGAGAUGUAAAUAUAUUGAAAAGGCACUCAGGGUCAGUGGGGCUGUCAGAGCCUCAUAUUAAAAUCUAAACAAUUUAUGGACUAUCUGUAUGCGACUGUUGAUGUCCACAUUCUUACAAAAAGAGAGGUGAGAUACAAUUUAACACUUGAGUUGUGUAUUUUUCAUGCACGUGAUACAUGUGAAACAUCCAGCGUUUCAUAAACACCUCGUCAUGCUACAACAACAGCUUACCGACGUGAGUCACGGUCUCUUAAUUGAACACUGACAUCAGGUUGCAGUGAAUAAUCACAGCAUGCCGGGGUUUUUACAUUUACAGUUUCACUCAGUUGAUCUAAACAGAGCAGUGAUAUAAAAUUAGUAAGUUCUCAGGCCAUGUUCUCUCAUUCUAAUUGAAAGAGGAUUUGUCAUUCUGACUGUAAUGGUUCUGGAUCAACCACAGUUCACGUGUUUGGGGUAGCGUUGCCUUCAGGUGCUUCUCAUGAGCUCCUACAUUUCAGCUCCGAUGUAUUAAAUUUGUGCAAUAGUUUAAGUUUAAUCACACCGUUGGAUAUUUAGGAUCUAGCUUCUUUCUUUUAAAGCCCCUCUCUGGGAGUCAAUCCAAAUAAAUCAUUAUGGGCCUUGUGCUUGACCACCUAGGAUUUGCCUGAACUAACUGUAUACUUAAAAUGGUAACUGUGAAGUUUUAGAUGGAUGUAUUCAAUACUUUCCAAGAUAAAUAUAUAUAUAUUUAAUAAAACUGCUUGUUGAUCCA